AUGGCGGCAGGUGCGGGAAAAGUGGCCGACUUGGGACUUCUGGGAGAAGUGGCGCAGUGGCCUCUGCAGCGGUAUGGCCGCUUCAUGCUCUCAGGUGCCCGAGAGUCGUCCGAGCCUGAGCCCGAAGCUGCCACGGCUCCUUCUCCUACUUGGAAGGUUUUUGAUUCCAAUGAAGAAUCUGGGUGCCUCGUUCUCACCAUAGUCAUAUCCGGUCACUUCUUCAUUUCCCAAGGAGAGACACUACUGGAAGGAUUUUCACUCAUUGGCAGCAAGAACUGGCUGAAGAUUGUGAGGCGCAUGGACUGUCUGUUGUUUGGAACGACAACAAAGGACAAGAGCCGCAUGUUCCGGGUGCAGUUCGCUGGAGAAACCAAGGAGGCAGCCCUGGAGCUGUGCCGCGCCUGCGUGCGGAGCCUGGCCCAAUACAUCACCGUGGAGGCGCCCGAUGGCAGCCCGGAGCCUCGGCCCAGCCCCAGGCCCCAGUGGGCAGGCGGAAGCCGGGAGGACAGUGCAAAGCCUCCGUGGCACAGGCCCUGCCCAGACCUGGAGCGGGUGCGCACCAUAGCUGCCACAAGCAUGGCUGAGGAGAGGGUGUCGGUGCCACGGCUCGCUCAGACUCUCCUGGCAUCGGAGGAACUGCUGCUGAGCUGUGAGCAAUCGCCAUGGUGUGCAGAGGAAUUAGGCCCCUUUCUACGCCUGUGCCUCUUGGACCACAACUUUCCUGCCUUUGUGGAAGAAGUGGAAAAAGAGCUUCAAAAGCUGAUGGGGCUGAGAAAUUAA